GUUGUCUCUUGGGACGAGCUGAACUGAACUUCAGGAGGAAUCGGCCUUCUGUGAACUUGGUAUCGUGGUGUGUGGUCGUGGGAGGGAGGGAGUGAAUGAAUGAAUGAAUGAAUGAAUGAAUGAAUAAAUGAAUAAAUAAAUGAAGUAAGCGAAGUAUAUUGCCGUAAGGUGCUGCAGGUGGGAAUGUAGAAGGAACGAUGAUAUCCCGGCGAAGUCGUAGACGGUGUACCUGGUGCCUUCUUCUGUGCUGCGCCUUUCUCUCUUUGGCUUGUUUACAGUUUUGCUUCCUUGAGGUGUCUACUCAAACUCACCAUACAUUGGGUCAUGCAAACAAGGACAAGACAACUGCUUAUAAACAGAAUCUUAGCACCAUCGCCACCACGUUGAAAACUUCCAUGUAUGAUGACACCUGUCCAGUUUUCAGGCUGCAGUCGGAGAAAGAGAGACCACAGGAGGAGGUAGCUUGCCUCCGAGCAGAUUUUGUACCAGGUUCUUGUCGCAUCAUGAAAGAGUUGUUUGCUGAUAAAAAACCUGCCAACUGUUCCCACCAGUUCUCGGAUGUGAUUUGUACGAUUACGCAAUAUAAUCUUGAAAAGCCUCAAGCAACCUGUCGGCAUGAUCUGUGCAGCGAAUCAUCCUCUGUAGUAAUAGGAUUGUACAAUGAAGAGGUGGGUGUUAAUCAGUGGCUGAAGUUUAAGUCCACAAUGGAAGUAGUGACGUUUAUUAAUCAAGAGCUGCUAAUGGAUUGGAGGACCUAUCACCAUGGUUACUGUUUUAUACGUUGCCUCAGCCACGAUGGGAGGAAGAUGUCACAGCUUCUUAUUCUACCUCCUGUUUUGCGUGCAGAUCACAGAUCUGCUAACAAACUUAAAAAUGAGCCUUCAUUGAAUGUGAAUAUUUUACUCAUGGAUUCUGUAUCCAGGCACCAUUUUUAUAGAAGUCUGCCAAAAACCAUUGAUGCAUUCAGAAAUCUGAAUACUAAUGUGUUCAAAACUGGACAAGUAUUUGACUUUGAACUGGUUCAAGGUAUAAAAAGCCGGACAUUUGAGUCUCUUCAGGCUCUGUUUGGUGGCGAGUCUUUCAAUCCACUUAAACCAUUCAGUUCAUUUGAUCUGCCACCAAAGGCUGUGGAUUUCAACAAAACACUUGGAAGCUUUAAAAGAUUUGGAUAUGAGACUUUAUAUUUGGAGGACAUGUGCUGGAAGUGGGAUUGGGGUUUGGUGAAAGAACUGAGAGCUCUUAAGAAAAAAGCACCAUUUUCAGAAAGAUCACAGCUGCUUUUGGAAGCAGCCAAGAGAAGUGGAAUUGACAGGAUGGAUGUCUCAUAUUCUAGCUGUGAUAUUCUUCAAGAAAAUGGGGUGAAGGAUAUGUUUCAUGGACCUGCUGCUCUAUGUUACAAUGGUAUCCAUCAACACACCUACCUCUUACAGUAUAUUGAGUACUUUAUCACUCGUUUCUCAUUCCUGCAAAAACCCUUUUUCAGCUUUCUUAUGUUGGACUCCAAUCAUGAAGAUACAGGUCUCAGGUUAAAACAAGUAGAUGAAGACCUGGCUAAACAUGUAACUUUCUUAGCUGAUCAACAAAACACUCUGACCUUCAUUCUUUCAGACCAUGGCAAUAAUUAUGGGCAGUUUGUUUCAAUGACUACAGAAUCUCAAAUAGAGUUAUUCCACACUAUGCUUUUUGUCAUUGUCCCAGAUACAGCAGCUGUCUUGCUGGGUGAAGAGAAGAUUCAAUCCUUGCAUACAAACCAACACAGGUUGAUCAGUCUCCUUGAUAUUCAUCAUACCUUACAAGGUCUUUUGCCACAUGCUGGGGUCAUGAAAGAGAAUGGUGUUGAAUAUGGGAUAAAUAUUGAUGGAUUGCUGAGUCCAGUUUCUCCAAGUAGGACCUGUGACAGCAUUCCAAGGAUUCCUCCAAACUUUUGCAUCUGCCAAGACUUUGAAAAACCGGUAGUGAGUGAUUCUAGUUUUGCUUUGUUUGCUGAAUUUGCACUUGGUCAAAUGAACCAUGAAAUACUUCAACAACAGAUAACUGCAAAAAGAAUUCUCAAAGGAUACCAGGCCUGCCAAAAAUUAAUUGGUAUUAGAUUUGACAAUGUGAAAAUACGUGAAGAGCACAGAAAUGAGACUGUUGUGAAACUUGACCUUUAUGUAAAGGGUUCAGAAAUUACAGGCCAUCAGGAAGAAAAAUACUUAGUAGUUAUAGACUUCAAUAUUCAGGGUGAUGCUUCAAUGACUUUAGUAGGAUUUGACCGUUUGACUCCAUACAGCCCUUAUGAGAUUUGUGCUAAUCAUGAUGUUGAUUUAAGAUUGUGCAUUUGUGAUUUAGAAAAUGUCCAUGAAGCAUCCAUUCCAUAUUGGAAGAAUACUUUGACCUCAUCAGUGUCUUGGAUUGAGAGUAAUUUCAGUUCAAUUCAUGAGAAUUGUCUGUACCUCGUCAAAAGGCAGUAUAGAUCAGGUGUUGUUCUGGCAGUGUUUAAUGCCUGCCCACAUUUGCACUAUGACAUUGAAUUUGACUUCCUGACUGUAAAUAUGUAUUCUUCAUCUGUGAUGCCUGUAAAUAUGACACUUUGGUCAGGAUCAGAAGAGCUCUUGACUGUUGGAUUUCAGAAAACUAAGGGAAAAAUCUGGAAGUAUAAAUAUUCUUUGAAUUACAGAGCAUUCACUUUAUAGAUUAAACCACAUACUAGAUCUCCGUUAAGGAAAACAUCUUCAAUUGAAUGAAAUAUUUGCUGCAACAUCUAUUCCAAUGUGAAUUCGGAUAACCUUUACACUUGUAGUUAAUGUGUAGUGUAUGCCUAGGCAUUGAAAUCAGGACCACAGAAAAGAACCCUACUUCUAGGACAUAAAUCCCAAACCUGCAACACAAACUAUUUAAGAAUAGAAACACAGGCAUGUGACACAAGUCCUGAGUGUUUUUUCUUAAUGACGAGAAAAACAUUUGAAUAGCUUGUGAAGGCAGAUUUUUGGGAAAGCUGUUUUGAACUAUUUAUGACUUUGUUUCAGUUCUAUGGAUUAAAACCUCUUUGUUUUUGUCCCCUA